AUGCUGCUGCUGCUGGCCUGCACGCCCGCCGCCGGGGCCAAGGGUGGCGCCACCCGCUUCCCUGGCAAAACCACCUCCUGGCGGCAUGCAGACGCGGCGGCGAGGAUGUGGGCCGAGUCGGGAGACCAUCGUUUCAGCUUUUCUGAGCUGGGCGACUCGCUGCCCAGCGGAGCGGCGCAGUGCGCCACGCUCCAGGACAGCAUUGACUGCCACUGGCGGAGCGGCCGGUGCAGCGCCAACCGCGAGGUGGUCGCCGGAGCCUGCGUCGCCUCUGGUUGCGGCCUCUUGUCGUGCAGUUGCGAGGCUGCAGACCGGACGGAGCUCCUGCCGUGGGUCAUCCUCAACGUGUCCGCCGCAGCCUCCGUAGCGGAGGUGCGGGCGGCUUAUUCCGCCGCAGUCAAGGCGCUGGCGCCGACCCUGAAUCUGGGCUGCCUCGAGGCGGCGCGGCUCGCAUCUCUCGCGGCGCGGCGGGCCCGGGACACGAUGCUCGUGCUGAUGCCGUACCUGGAGCAUACGCCGCAUGGGGUGCAGCCCGCCAUUUCAAGCCGGCGAGACUACUCCACCGCCAUCGGGGGCGAGCCGACCCCGCUCGCGAGGCACGCCUGGCGCGCAACUCAGCGGCUCGCGUCGGGCACAGUGGCCGCCAGCCGGGAGAUGUGGCGGGAGAUCUCGGCGGCGUGGAGGGCGGCGCGGCGGCACGCGGGGCCGUGGCGCACGUGGUUCUGGCAGGGCGCGAAGCGUCUCGCCAGGUCGAGCGCAGCGCAGAUGAUCUGCGCGUUGCUGCUCCUCGUGCCCGUGCAGGUGUCGCCCCGCCCCAGCCUCCGCCGCCACCGCACCUUCCCUGACAUGUUUUGCAUGGCUAAGCCGUGGCCGCUCACGAGCUGGCGGUCCGCUUCACUUGAUGUGUCGCCUCCGCGGACGCAGGUCUAUGUCCUCGGAUGGGCCGCGGGUGCGUGA